CCUGUUUUCGUGAUAGUAGUUGGGUGCGUACAUAUCUACGUAACCUCUGGUAGCUUCAUUGAUUUAGAUAGAUUUACCUUACAGGGUUAUGUUACCAGAGGCAUUAUAACGGAAUUCCAUAUGUGAAAAUCCCCUCAACUGUCAAAAGGGGAGUGUUUACAUUACUGUUUCUCAAAGCUGUCAAAGUACAAUGGAUGUACUGAACAAGUUACGAAAUACUGUCAGUAAUACUAUUAGUAAUACGGUAACCAAUACAGCUUAUGGGCUAUCGCAGCUGUCCACUGUAUUACCUGGUAAUUUAGUGACUAGAGAGUAUGAACUGACUGCCCAUAUCGCCAGCGCAGGGCCUGGUCUUUUGUGGAAAGUCUACAGUGGUUAUAAAAAAUCAACAAGACAAGAAGCAACGGUAUUCGUAUUUGAGAAACGUCUUCUGGACAGAUGGGGAUCCAAACAUGAACGCGAAGCCGUUCUGGAGACUUUGAAGCGAGGAGUGACGCAAUUGACAAAAUUGAGGCAUCCUCAGAUUCUUAUUGUCCAGCACCCACUGGAAGAAUCUAGAGAUAUUCUCGCAUUUGCUACCGAGCCUGUGUUCGCCAGUUUAGCUAAUGUGUUGGGUCGUUCAGAAAAUUUACCGCAACCGUUGCCAGCAAAUUUACGAGAUUAUAAAUUACUUGACGUUGAAAUUCGCUAUGGGCUUCUACAACUUGGAGAAGGUUUGGCAUUUUUACAUAGUGACGUUAAGCUUGUACAUAGAAAUUUGUGCCCUGAAUCAAUUGUUAUUAAUGGACACGGGGCAUGGAAAAUUUUUGGAUUUGAUUUCUGUGCUUUAAAUCAAAGUCCACAUGAUAAACAGCCCUCUUGGUCAUAUAAUGACUAUGAUCCAACCAUUCCAGCGAUAGCUCAGCCAGAUUUAAAUUAUCAGGCUCCAGAAUGUAUUAUAGCAAGUAGUACCGGACCAUCGAGUGACAUUUUCUCGUUAGGAAUGCUGGUUUAUGUAUUAUUAACGCCAGGCAAUCGUACUCUCUAUGAUAGUCGUGGGGAUCCAUCUAAAUGUCGCAGAUUUUUAGAAGAUUUAAAGAGUUCAUCAAUUGCUUCCAAACUGACUCCGCUUCCUGAUUCUAUUCGGGAUACUGUUAAACUCAUGUUGAGUCAUAAUCCAGAACUUAGACCAGAUGCGCAUCAGUUUAUCAAGAUCGAGUAUUUCUUAGAUAUUGGAGUGAAAACAUUAAACUACUUGGAAAAGCUUUUCCAAUGGGAUAACUUACAGAAAUCACAAUUUUACAAAGGACUUCCUCAAGUUCUGAAGCAACUACCUCAUAGAGUGGCGUUGCACAGAGUUUUGCCUUCUCUUUACAAAGAAUUUGUUAAUGCGCAAAUGGUUCCUUUCGUAGUGCCAAGUAUAUUACAAGUUGCAGAAGAUGGAACGAUUGAAGAAUUUCGAGAGUAUAUACUUCCUAAUCUGAAAAGUGUUUUGGCUUUAGAGGAACCUCCCCAAGUUAGUUUAGUUUUAAUGCAGAGAGUCGACUUAUUAUUAAAAAUGUGCCCAGCAGAUGAUAUAAAAAGCGAUGUAGUACCAAUGCUAACACGGGCAUUAGAUUCUAAUUGGGAGAAGCUUCAAGAGCUUUGUUUAGCAGCACUACCCUCUAUUGCAUCUCUAAUCGAAGGACCUUCUAUGAAAAAUGCAAUUAUACCAAGGAUCAAAAAAAUCUGUUUAGGCUCACAAGACAAUCGCAGUGGUCUUGGAGUUCGUGUUAAUUGUCUAUUGUGCCUUGCCAAAAUGCUAGAUAAUCUUGAUCGAUGGGUUGUCUUUGAUGAAAUAUUACCAUUCUUGCAACAAAUACCACAUGCUGGAGAGCCUGCUAUUCUUAUGGCAAUCAUUGGUAUAUACAAGCUGAUGCUAACUCAUAGUAAGUUGGGCAUGAGCAAGGAAAUUCUAGCGACUCGGGUUUUACCGUUCCUAUUACCACUUUGCGUGGAGCAAAGUCUUAGUCCGUCUCAAUUUGAAGCCUUGGCAUCUUUAGUUAGUGAUAUGAUUAAUCGUGUAACUACUGAGCAUCGUGAAGCUUUGCAUCAGUUGGAUGCGGUUCGUCGUGAGGCUCAGCAGCUUGAUGAUGCAGUCGCACAAGUAGGAAAUCAAACGAAUGUUAACGUCGACCUGAAUGAUAGUCUUUCUGGGCUCGAACUGAAUAAGCCAUACGUUACUACACCUAAAUCCAUAAACAAUGGAAAGGCACUUUCACUCGGAGACAAACAGAGGCUGGCUCAACAACAGGAAGUUCAACAAAGGUUGCAGUCGCAAUCUCCUUUGACCCCUGGAAAAAUUUCCAUGUCGUCACCACCAGAGCCGAAAGAUUUAACGAAGACGUUGAUGCAAAACAACUUGAAACAGCUAAACUUGUCGGCUAGUAAACCAAAAGCCGCACAGCCAAAUUACACUCCGUUUCAGACGUCGACAUGGAAGAAUACAAAUACCGAUCAAAUUCAAUGGAACAGUGGUUCCAUUGCUGUGAGCUCUCAUGGAAUUUCGAAUUCAAUACAGAAUCGCUCAAUGCAUGAUAUGAAUUCGCCCAUUGAGUGGAAAUCACCGCAAACCUUGCCUAAUUGGAAUCAAAUGAAACCACAAAGUAACGCAAAUCAGAAUUGGAGCGGAAUGAUGAAUUCCAGAACGGAUACUCAGUGGAGACCGGACACAAACUUGAUGGGAAUGUCACAACCCUUGGUUAUACAAAAUAAUGCGUCGGUGGAAGCAAAGUCUCCUUUGUCAAACCAAGAUAUUAUGGACUUACUUAGCUAAUAUACGAGUGUUUAGUACAUUCCGACUAAAUCAAUCUCGAAGGUGAACAACCGUAAUCAUUAGCAUUGGGAUCACACCUCAGGGAAUUUCAAACUCCAUACAGAAUAGCGUUAAAUUCAGUAUGAAUUCAUUUAUGGAGUACAAAUCACCGAAAUCACCAAAUUAUGUAAUUAAAAAUUGAAGCAGAACAAUGAUACUUUUGGGGCAAAAAUAAUAGUAAUUCGAUCACCUGAUCGAGAUGUAGUCUUAUGUAAACUGAACUAUCUAUGGAAACAACACCUACAUCUUCCGCAUAAGUUGUUUUGGAUCUUCUCAACUCCGAUAGGAAUAUUUUAAACAACAUCACUGAGUUAAACAGCAAAUAAAUAACAUUCAAUAAACUAUAGAUGCUGGGAUUAUCGUGUAUGGUUGACGAUAGAAUCAAUUAUUGAGCACGUACCGAUUAACUACUACGGUCUUGUAAAUCAAGAUUUUAUAAUGCUGUAGUGCGUAGUACUUAUUAAUAAUACAACUUUAUCCAACUAAGAGAUCCAUUUACAGUUUUGCAUUAAAAGACGGGCAAACACGAUAGCCUUGAAGUCACUACAUUAUUUAUUUUUUAACUAUCAUUCAUUUAUAUUGAUUAUGUAGAUUCGAAAAUGAUUUUACUGUGAUGUCUGUGUAGUAAGAUUGUCAGUACCCUGAUCGACAAAGGGUAACGGACAUUCGGUAUUUAGAUUUAAGUUGUAGGUACAUGAAUUUAUGUUAUCUGAAUUGUAAAUAAUUCAUUAAACUUACUCGAUAUCGCAA